AUACUGCAGCUGAUUAGUAAAUUGUAGUCGUAGUCAACUAAAAAGAUGACAAGAAUGAUGUUUUUAUAACAAACGUGCUCCGUUAUUAUUUUAAAUAUCUAAAUAAAUAAAUUAAAAAAAAAAAUAAAGAAUUAAUAAUUCCGUGAACGAGUUUACACUUUUUUUACUACGUGUCAAAAGUUAUAAAAGUGUUGAGUGAGGACUAAUAAUUUAAUACAACAAAUAAUUGUUAUUCAUCGGCAUUUAAAAACAAGUGUUGAAUUAUCUGUGGACGCCAUGAUGGACGGAAUCUGUGAUAACGCUGACAUCUUAAAUAGUACUCCUCCUAAAAAGGUUAUUCAGGCCGACAAUGUUGACCUGACUGACAAGUCAUUGCAAGUUGACAUAUCUGACGCGUUGAGUGAGAAAGAUAAAGUUAAAUUUACAGUACAUACUAAGACAACAUUGCCGGAGUUUCAAAAAACUGAAUUUCUUGUUGUUAGACAACAUGAGGAGUUUGUUUGGCUGCAUGAUCGAUUUGAAGAGGAAGAAGAGUAUGCUGGUUACAUUAUUCCGCCGUGUCCACCAAGGCCAGAUUUCGAUGCGUCGCGUGAAAAAUUACAAAAACUCGGCGAAGGAGAAGGAAAUAUGACCCGAGAAGAAUUUACUAAAAUGAAGCAAGAAUUAGAAGCCGAAUACUUGGCGACAUUCAAAAAAACAGUCGCGAUGCACGAAAUGUUUCUGACCCGGUUGGCUCACCACCCAGUAUUCCGAAACGACCAUAACUUGCGAGUCUUCCUGGAGUACGAUCAAGACUUGUGUGUCCGCGGUAAAAAUAAGAUCGAGAUAUUCGGAGGGUUGGUUAAAUCACUAUCAAAAACCACCGAUGAAUAUUAUUUGUCAGCUACUGUAAAAGAUGUUAAUGAUUUCUUCGAUCAGGAGCUUACAUUUUUACACCUGUAUCAUAAUAAUUUAAAAGAAGCUACCACUCGCGCUGAUCGCCAAACAACGAAGCACAAAGACGUCGCCGAUUCUUAUAUUAAAAUUUCUACAAAUUUACUGCAGUUGGCUACUACCGACUCGGGGAAGUUAGAGAGGUUUUUGACCAAGAUUGCAGAAACUUUUGAAAAAAUUCGCAAAGUUGAGGGCAGAGUCGCUUCCGAUGAAGAUCUCAAGCUAUCAGAUACGCUGAGAUAUUACAUGAGAGAUACUGCUGCUGCGAAACGUCUGCUUUUCAGACGAUUGAAGGCUUUACACGCUUACGAAACUGCUAAUCGUACAUUAGAAAAAGCUCGCGCUCGUAACAAAGAUGUUCAUGCGGCACUGGAGGUUGCUGAGGCCGAAAAAGCACAAACUGAAGCUUGCGAAAAAUUCGAACAGAUGUCGGACAAAGGAAAAGAAGAAUUAACAGACUUCAAAACUCGGCGGAUAGCUGCUUUUAGAAAGAAUUUAAUUGAAUUAACUGAAUUGGAAAUUAAACAUGCAAAGACACAUGCCGACUUGCUCAAAAAAUGUUUACUAGUACUGCGAGAGGAAUAAUUUCGUAACAAUAACUUCAUGAUGUGGGUACAACUUCACUUAUGCUACAUAAGCACUUGACAGGUGCAUUUAUUUGAUAAUAAUUAUAAUAAUUAUAUAUUGUAAAGUAUAUUUUUUAUUUCUAACUUUAAAUGAUCUAUAUAUCUUAUAAAAUAAUAAUAAUAAUAAUUAAUAUUGCGAGUAAUUAGAUUCAAGCAAAAGAAAGACUUUUUUACAAUCA